GAUCAAAGGAGAGGAGCAAACAGCAGGCCGAGCAAACAGCAGGCCGAGCAAAUUUAUUUGGAGGCCAAGCCCAGUCUACUUGUGAAUAAACGAGUGGGCUUCAAGCCCAAAAUUCCUGCAGAUAAUUAUUAGUCUGUUUUGGCUCAAUUACUAGUUAUUUCAAUUUUCUUGUCUUGCACAAAUUCAUUACUCAAACCCUAGAACUGAAAUUCCUCACUUGUUCAGCAACUGUGCCGAUUAGGGUUUUGUAGGAACUUGACUUCUUCAGUUCAGGCGGAUCAGGAGGCGGAAGGUCUCGCGCUCGACCCAUUUACACGUGGUAUCAGAGCCCGGCUCCGACAUCAAAGGCGCAACCGUCUUCGGAGAAGAUGAGCUCGGGAUCAACCGCUGGAAUUUUCAUGGCAGAUGGGUUCUCUCAAACCCGUCCUCCGAGGUUUGAAGGCGUUCACUAUGGCUAUUGGAGAAAUCGAAUGGAGCUGUUCAUAGGAUCAACUGAUCCAGACCUAUGGAACAUUGUUCUGGAUGGCCCACUGGAAGUGAAGGAAGCUCGCGGCAACUGGAUGGAGACAGACAAGAGAAAUUUUCAGUUAAAUUCGAAGGCUACAAACCUCAUGUACUGCGCAUUGGGACCAGAGGAGUAUCACAGGGUGACAGGCUGCAAGUCCGCAAAGGAAAUUUGGGACAAAUUGCAGAUUGCACAUGAGGGCACAUCCCAUGUCAAGAUUUCGAGAAUAAACAGCCUUAAGCAAGAGUUCGAGUCAUUCAUCAUGAAGCCUGAAGAAUCAAUCAAGGAAAUGAAUGAUCGAUUCACCACGAUUGUAAACAGCCUGAGAAACUUGGAGGUGGAAUAUGCCAGUGCCGAUAUGGUUCGCAAGGUUCUCUGGGCUCUCCCAAAGAGAUGGACGCCAAAGGUCACUGCGAUUGAGGAAUCCAAAGACCUCACCAAACUCAGUCUGGAUGAAUUGAUUGGUUCCUUGAUUACUCACGAAGACAAGUUAAGAAGAGAAGAACUAGAGGAAACCAAGAAAGAAAAGAAGGGGAUAGCAUUUAAAGCUACCACUCAAGACGACGAAUUAGACUGUUUGGAUGAAAUGGAAGAUGAUGAGCUUGCUAUGCUCAGUAAGCAUGUGGCAAAGCUUCUUAAACUUCAAAGAGAAAAGAAACGAGGUGGAUUCCCAAACAGAUCAAGGGAUGGUGAAGCUGACAGAGAAAGCAACAAAGGUGGAAGACUGGGGUACAGAAAUCGAAAGGAAGGAACAAGCAAUGAGAAGCUUCAACCUCAAUCUGGGUGCUUCAGAUGCGGAAAGACAGGGCAUAUUAAAGCCGAAUGUCCACUAGGCAAAAAGGAAAGAGCUUUUGCAGCAACUUGGAGCUGCAGCGAGGAGGAUGAAGACGAUGAUGAAGCCACUCCAAAGUUCAGUGCAUACAUGGCAAUUGACCAGCUUGAAGAAGAAACUUCCCAGGUAAAUGCCUAUUUCUCAGACUCUAGUAGUGAUGAAGAUGAAAUGCUUAAUGAAACAAUUAGAAAUAUUCAGAAUGAGUUUAUAACUGUGAAAAACAAGUACAUUUUAAUUAAAGCCAGUCAUGAAAAACUACAAAAUGAACUCGAGCAAAUGAAAAAUGAAAAAACUGAGGCAGAACACAAGAUACAGAAUCUAGUGAAAGAAAACAGUAGGUUAAAAGAAGAAAUUGAUACUGCUAAAGCAGAAUUAUCCCAGAUAAAAGGAAGAACUAAAACAAAGGCAGCAUGGAAAAGAAACUCAGAUGUUCAUAAGAAUCAUGAAUGCUUUUACUGUCAUCAAACUGGUCACUACAUUGCAGAUUGUAGAAAACGCAUUAGUAAAGAAAACAGGAUAAAACAACAUGAGAACAAAUGCUUAAAACAUCCACACAAAGACUACACUAACUUAACUCACUACAGUAAAGUAUCUAAGCUGGUCUGGAUACCCAAAACUAAGUAAGCAUACUUAUCUUGCAGACCUGUCUCCAAGUGGGCAUGGAAGGCAGCGAUUGGAUACUUGAUAGUGGGUGCUCACACCACAUGACUGGUAAUAAAAAUCUCUUCUCAAAACUAACUCUUAAAAACAAAGGGAAAGUCUUUUUUGGGGACAAUUUCAGCACUGAAAUACUAGGAAAAGGCACAGUAGGCACUGUCCCAUCCAUAAGCAAUGUGCUACUAGUGAAAGACUUAAAGCAUAAUCUCUUAUCUAUUGGACAGCUCUCUGGAAAUGAAAACAGGGUUGUCUUUGAACAAGACAAAUGCUUUGUGGAAAACAUAAUAAGUAAAAAACUCAUACUAACUGGUAACAGAAAAGGAAAACUGUUCUCAAUAGAUCUUGGAGACAAGGAUGCCUUCAAUGAAACAUGUCUUGUCUCAAUUGAUAAAAAUGAUCAAUUUGAAUGGCACAGAAGACUAGGACACGUAAGUAUUGGAAUCUUGUCAAAAUUGGUAAAUUUGGGAAUAGUUAGAGGGAUUCCAAAACUUCUAAGCAAGAAGGAAUUCUUCUGUGAUGCAUGUGCAAAAGGAAAACACUCUAGGUCCUCUUUUAAAACCAAACCUGUCAUAUCUACAUCUAGACCAUUAGAACUUCUUCAUCUAGAUUUGUUUGGCCCUAGUAAUGUCAAAAGUCUUGGUGGUAAACACUAUGCAUUUGUAAUUGUAGAUGACUACUCAAGGUUCACUUGGGUACUGUUUUUGGCUUCGAAGGAUGAAGCUUAUCAAAACUUCAAAGACCUGGUCAAACGUUUAGAAAAUGAAAAACAAUCAAAGAUAGGAAGCAUAAGAAGUGAUCAUGGAGGUGAAUUUGUGUCUGAAAAAUUUGAAGCCUUUUGUAACAAAAAGGGGGAUAACUCAUAACUUCUCUGCUCCCAGAACCCCACAACAAAAUGGUGUGGUGGAAAGAAAGAACAGAACCCUAAUUGAUAUAGCUCGAACAAUGCUGAAUGAUUAUGGAAUUGCAAAACAAUUCUGGGCAGAAGCGAUUAAUACAGCCUGUUAUGUCACCAAUAGAGCUCUUAUCAGAUCUAAGCUUAAUAAGACACCUUAUGAACUCUGGAAAGACAGGAAACCAAAUUUAGGUUACUUUCACCCUUUUGGGUGCAAGUGUUUCACCUUAAACACCAAAGAUAACUUGGGGAAAUUCGACUCAAAAUCAGAUGAAUCUAUAUUCCUUGGAUAUGCUGUUAACAGCAGGGCUUAUCGUGUGUUUAAUAAACGGACCCUCAAGGUUGAGGAGUCCGUUCAUGUGAUAUUUGAUGAAACAUUGACUAAGUGUGCAGAAAGUAUCGAUGAGGAUGAUGAUUUAGGGUUGGGAACGGUUCACACAAGUCAUGAAAAUCCUGAGGCUCAGGAAACAGAAGCUGUGCCUGCAGAUGAAGGUGGCAGAAUGAAAGAAAAGGACAGUAAUCCUCAGGCACCACCUCACAUAGUUCGACGACACCCCCCAUCUCUAGUCAUUUGAGAUCCCAGUCGAGGUAUGCUUACUCGUUCUAAGUCUUAUGCUGAGCACACUGCCUUUGUAGCUCAAUUUGAACCUAAAUGCAUAAAUGAUGCAAUUAAUGAUGAGUACUGGUCAGCAGCUAUGCAUGAUGAAAUGAACCAAUUUGCCAGAACUCAUGUUUGGGACUUAGUCCCUAGACCUAAGGACAGAAUAAUCAUUGGAACCAAAUGGAUUUUUCGAAAUAAAACUGAUGAACUUGGAAUCAUAAUUAGAAACAAAGCUAGGUUAGUAGCUCAAGGCUAUUGUCAGGAGGAAGGGGUCGAUUUUGAAGAAACAUUUGCCCCUGUAGCCAGAUUAGAAGCCAUACGUCUCUUAUGUGCCUUUGCUGCCUCUAGAGGUUUCAAGCUGUAUCAAAUGGACGUAAAAAGCGCAUUUCUAAAUGGUGAAAUAAAAGAAGAAGUGUAUG